GAAGAAACCAGCAUGGUUGCACAAAGAACUCUCUGAUAAGUGAAAGACCAAAAGGAUAACAAAAUGAAAAAAGGACACAUAACUAAAGUAGAAUACCAGCAUAUAGGAUACCCCUAUAUAGGGUCUCCUGCUUGAGCAAGGUUUGGACAAGAAAACCUCCAAGGUCACUUCCAAUUCUGUUGUUCUGUUCACGCCAACAUUUACUGAAUCAUUUUACACUUUGUUCAGUGCUUGCUCAAUGCGCUUUGGAAAAGAUUUGGAAGUGAGACUUUGAAAUAUGCAGCAGUGAGUACACCAGCUCACUUAAAAAACUGCUUUUCUUUUAGCUUCACACUUUAAGGAGGGGCUACGGUUCAAUGUGUUUUGAAGCAGCUCUUCCAAAUAAUUUUCAAAGCCAGGACUGGGCUAGUUUUUCUCGUAUGAGUGGAAGGAAAUUGCUGCAAAUUGAGGGGACCCGGUCUUCGUCCCACUUCCCUUCCCUUGCUGUCCGAGCCCAGUUCUGCUUGGGCUUCCUGCUGCUUUCAUGGCCUUCAUUUCAAAGGAGCUGAGGCAGGCAGUAGCCACCGCCUGCCCUGUGCGGUUUUUGUGCUGCUCACCCAAGAGCUGUCAGUUCCGGUUCAGACAGCAGUACUGCGGCUUGUGCAGGAGGCAAACUUCUUCAUUUGCACCAUAUUUUGCAAGAUGAGAGAGCCUCCUCGACGCCUUUGCUUUUGUUUGAAUGCUCACGCAUUUUGAAGGGAGGUCGGCGUCACAGAGGUGGUGGCCUUGAGUCAGGUUGCCUUGCAAAAUCAUGUAAAAAAAGAGAAACACCCAAAAACAGCCAACGGCCAAGCGGGAUCUGUCCCCAUUCCCACCAGGGGCUCUUGGGAAGCAGCGCCCGAUUUCCUAGGGAUCCUUGAUCAGGCCUUGGCAGGAGGAGGAUGAAAGGUGCCACAGGAGCAGCUGAAGAAGACAGCAGCUGAAUUUGAAUGCACAGAAGAUUUGUUUGAGUGAGCAAACUGUUUUUUUUUUGUUUGGCUUCUGUCAAGUUCAGCGAACUUGACCCCCUUGGAUUUCAACAAUAUGGGUAUCCCAUAUUGUAUCUGUUGGUGGUCAAACAAGAGAACUGUGGAGAUUGCUUUUAAAAGACCCAUGUUUCUCGGCCUAUUGAAAAUCAGGUUGGAACCCUAGUUGGCUCUGGGAAAGUGUUCAUGGUCAAUGCUAGAAUGGAGGACCCCGAACGCUCCCCUACCUCAGACGUGAUGGACAGGUCAUCUGACGACAGAACAAAGGAAGUGAGCUCUGACUCUGGAGAGUGCUUGAAACAGACUUGGGAUCUGCUUGCAUUUUCUGGAACUUGCCAGGCUGGAAAUGCUGCUACCCCUCCUCCUUUGGCUCUUGGAGAGGACAGGUUGGAGGGUGUUCACUGCAGGAAUGAACCCCUUUCUGAAAAAUCCAUUCCAGUGUUAAUGCAAAAUAAUUUUGAAGUAUUGCACCCUGAACUGGGCCACCCUGUUUCACAAAGCUUGGACUUCUCUGAGAGAUUUGGACAGCCUCUCGAGCCGAUAGAAAACUUGAAAACUCAGGAUAAGUGUAGUAAUGAUGCUACCCAGUCUGUUUUUUGGGCUGGUAUUCUACAAGCUCAAAUGUGUUUCUUAGACCUUCAAGAGGAGUUGGACAGGCAGAAAGAACCUCUGCAGACUUGCGGUGUGAAUUCUGAAUCCCUGGACACAGCGACCAUUGACGAACCUUUACUCCUGGAAAGUGAUAGUGAGGAGGAGCCAGAAGAGAAUUUAGAGAAAGACGAGGAAGAAAGUGAGGAGGAGGAAGAAGAGGAGGAGGUUGAAUGUUUAUUUUUCAAUAACCCACUCUUUCAGGAAAGUCCUCACUUAACCAGAACUUUUGAAGGACAAGUCCCAUGGUCACAACCAGAAAGGGAAACUUCCACAGAGAACUACGAGAAAAAAGUAAAAAGUGAAGUGGACGCUGGAAACCACAAUGGUGCCUUGUUUUCCCAGGCCAAUGCGGCAAUGAGCCCUGUGGCCAGGAAUUAUUUUUCUGUCUGUGAUCCAGAUGCUAAUGAGCACACAUCCAGCUAUUCUUUCCCAAGCUAUGUGCCCCAUUAUCGCUCCUUUUCUCCGUUGUUGAUUACAGAAAAAGAUCUCGAAAUCACCUGCUCUUUGGCAGAGGAUUCAGAGGAUGAGGAUCUCCCCCGAGAAGAUGCUCUGGGAAGCCUCACUGGAUCCCCUCCGAGGAGAUGUUUCCUGGAUCCCCUCCCAGGGGAGGUUCUGGAAAGCCUUCCUCCGGAGCCAUCUGCAUAUUUGCCGGCGGAAGGCCUGCUGUUUUCUGCCUCCAGCACUUCUCUGAUGUCUGCUUUGCUGCAAGAGCCUACGAAGAGCUGCCCCCCUGCCCAGCCCACACCUCCAGGGGGGAGUUGCUGCAUCACCUCCAACUUCCAGGUCCCCUCAGCUCCUGCUGCAGAGCAGAAUCUGCAGCAAGAGAGGUCUGAGCCACAAGCAUCACCCCAUGGCCACCCUUCCUCUUCCUGCAUAUGGUUAGAGGAGCCUGAAAGAACUUCCUCUCUACAGAAGGACGUCAGCGGAGCAGAUGUGUGCUCCAUCCCACUUUGUGGUGUAGAGAGGAAGCGAGGCGGCUCAGUAGAAAGGCUCAAGAUGGUGGAAUUGCCAGCUAUGCAAAGCGAUGGGAGGCCGAAAGGCGGAGAGGAAGAGCCCAUGUUAUACUGCCCUGAAGAACCUGCGGGGGAGUUUGGCAGAACGGGGGGGAGUCUGCCUGCCAAGGUCCCGGCAGAACCGAAUGGCACCCUGCUCCUGGCCAACGGCACCUCUGGAGACCUGGCCGGGGCACACAGGCUGGCAGCUCGCCUCUAUCACCUGGACGGCUUCAGGAAAUCUCAGGUGGCUGCUUUUCUGCGGAAGAACAACACCUUCAGCCAGAUGGUUGCUGAGGCCUACCUCUCCUUCUUCCGCUUCUCUGAGCAAACGCUGGAUCAGGCCCUGAGGUCCUUCCUGAAAUCCUUCGUGCUGACCGGGGAGACGCAGGAGCGGGAGCGGAUCCUGAUGCAUUUCUCUCAGCGCUACCACUGCUGCAAUCCCGAGGCCUCUCUUAGUCCGGAUGCCGUGCAUACGCUCACCUGUGCCAUGAUGCUCCUCAACACCGAUUUGCAUGGACAGAAUAUCGGCCGAAGCAUGAGCUGCCAGGACUUCGUGGUGAACCUCGCAGGCCUAAAUGAUGGCAAGGACUUUCCCAAAGAGCUGCUAAAGGCAUUGUACAACUCCAUCCGCCAUGAAAAACUGGAAUGGGCAACGGAUGAGGAAGACACAAUGGACGCAAGGACACUCCUGAGUCCCACAAACAGCCAGAGGAAAACCAACCCUUUCCUGACGGCGUGGCAGGACCCUGGGGCAAAAGUCUACCAGCAGGGUCUCCUUGCCCGUAAGGUGCAUGCGGAGGCCGAUGGCAAGAAAACUCCCUGGGGCAAGCGAGGCUGGAAGACAUUCUAUGCUAUGCUGAAGGGGACAGUGCUGUACUUCCUCAAGGAUGAGCAGCACUUGGAGAUGUCUGGCUCAGAGGAGCUCAUUGGAGUAUCUCAUGCCCUGGCAGAAAAAGCCAGCAAAUACACCAAACGGCCACAUGUCUUCCGGCUUCAGACUGCAGACUGGCACAUCUUCCUCUUCCAAGCCCCAACUCCCGAAGAAAUGACUUCAUGGAUUUCUCGCAUCAACCUUGUGGCAGCCAUGUUCUCUGCGCCACCUUUCCCUGCCGCAGUGGGCUCCCAAAAGAAAUUCAUAAGGCCCAUUUUGCCAAUUACUCCCUGCAAGAAUUCCAUAGAAGACCAGCACCUGGCCCACGAAUCCUGCAUGGACAGGGUGGCCCAUGAACUGAUGGAGCUCCAGCGGAAUCUGCCAGAGAAACGUGGGCGUGGGAGGGAUCUGGAGGAGUACCAGCUCAGAAAGGAGUACUUGCUUUACGAGAAACGCCGCUAUGAGACAUACGUGAAGCUCCUGGAGGUGAAACUUGGCUGCAGCUCAGAUGAUCUGGACCAGUGGGAAGUUCGGCUGGCCGCCAUGGUUGAGAGCUGUCCCAGUUUGCAGAAGUCCCAUUCCAGCCCUUCCCUGAACGUGGAGGGGCCUCCGGCUGGGGGGGCCAAAGUGAAGCGGAACAUCUCGGAACGCAGGACCGUCCGCAGGAUCAUUCCAAAGCGCAACAGGCACUUAUUGUGACCGGCUCUCCUGGCCUCUUUGGGGUUGUCCUUGGAUGCAGGAGGAGCGUUGGCAGAGAGCGCUUAGCUCAAGCCAGGGUGGUUAGCAGUUGCCUUGGCUGGACGCUCGGUUAGGUCAGCACACGGUGAACUCCGCGCCCAGAUUCGAGCCUGGAGCCCCUUCUGGCUGUCUCCAGAUUCUAGCUCUGGGUUUGCUUUUUGGAAAUGCUACUCAGCUGUGCUGCUGGACUCAGCUUCCCUUCCCUUCAGAAUCCUCUCUGGCUACUCAGGGCAAACUGGAAGUCUGUGUGCAAUAAAAGGAAUAGAAGGGUGAGGGCCCAGGACUCUUUUCUGGAUGAGUGUUUUGAACCCCUCCCUCCAAGGAUGGGUUCCGGCUUCUGUUACUGGCGGGCUUGCUCAAGGCGUUUCGGGCACACGCGCGCUUGAUGCAUUCUAUGCGUGCAUGCACAGUAGUAAAAAAAUUGCUUCUGCACAUGCAGAGAAGCAAAAAAGAUGGUGUUGCCUCCAGUGCCGCUGAUAGAACCAAUUUGGGGGCGUGGCCAGCCAAGUUACUACCUACUUGGCCGAACUAGUAGGAACCCACCUUUGCCUCCCUCCCUCCCUCUGUUAGAGGAGGGGCUGUGCGCUUGGGAGGUGCUUCCUUUUCUUGCUGCACAUCUCAUCCUUGGAGACAUUGGGAACCCCUAGACGUGAUACCUACAGGGGAAAUAAGGCAACCUGAUAGCUUUGGAGAAAUCUGACCGGUCUGGGCCUGUCUAUCUUCCUAAAAAUGGCAUCUCUCAUCCUGCCCUGGUCUGCUGUCAUCCCCCCCCCAAAAACCCCCCACCAUUUACUCACAAACCCAGUGUAGUGCAGACGCUGGUAUGUGUUGUUAUGCGAGAGAUCUGGUUGCCUCAAUGGGCCACCAUUUAUGAGCCAGCAAAUGUGCUGCAGCUGCAGAAGAAGCCAACACAAUCCUGGGCUGAAUCAACCAAGGGACAGAAUCGAGAUUUAUACAAGGUUGGUGAGACCACACUCAGAAUCCUGCAUCCAGUUCUGGUCACCACAACAUAAAAAUGAUGUUGAGACCCUGGGAAGUGUGCAAAGGAGCAGCGACAACAAUAAAGGAUCUGGAGGUUAAACUGUAUGAUGAAUGGAGCUAGUAUGCUUAGCCUACUGAAGAGAAGGAUUAGGGAGACAACUGUCUUCCGGUACUUUGAGGGGUGUCACAAAUAAGAGAGGAUUGACUCUUACUCUCUAAUCUACUUCCUCUGUUUGGGUGGAGGGUGGGGGUUUGUGGUAUACACCAGUGGUGGGUUGCUCUUACCAUCGCUACCGGUAUGCUGAUCGCAGUCUGUUCGCGCGCCUGACGUGCACUGUGCACGCAUGCGCAAUCCACCGCCCCUGCGACAACCGCUUGUUGGGGCUUGCGCAGGCACUGCACGCUAUGCACAGUGUGUUUCUGGCAUAAAUACAGCUAUAGAGCGCAGGGAGGCGCAUGGGCCAAACGAGCCACCGUACUGGUACACUCUCAGCUGCUCAAGGCAACUACCAGUAUGGCCGGACCGGCAGCCACCCUCCCACCACUGGGUGCACCACCUAUGCAGCAAUGUCAUAAUUCUUGGAAUAAGGAUUAAGCAUUUCUUCCCAGUCUUGUCAGUAUUUGUGAUACAGGUCUCAUUGCCUAGGUUGCUGCUGGAGGUGUUUAUAAUUAUAAGGUGUUUAUAAUCACUAUUUCCAUCAGACAAUUGCAAGCCUACUUUGCAAGGGGAUUACUAAGGUGGGAAAUUCCCAGGCCCCAUUUAGAGAUGCUAAUGUUCUUAGAUACGUUCGAUAAUAGGUGGCCAAACGUUGGCAACAGUGUGUGUGAAAUGCAGUGGACUCAGAUGCCUUGAAACGAGUCCCCAAGGCAGCUUCCUUCUAAACAGAUCCGUGCAGCAGCCAAUGAUUUAUAAAUACUUUUAUUACAGUUAGUAAAUCAAAUGCAAAAGUGAAUAAACAUCUCUUAAGAAAUUUCUCAACGAUCAGAGGCACUAGAUCAGAAAAGGCCGUAGCUGAAAGAAGCCUACGUGCCAAUCAAAGGGAGUCAAGUUGAUCAGAAGGGACGCCACUCUCUCUCUGCCACCCAGGGGUUCCAACUGCAGAAGUCGGGACCUCCAUCUGUCCUGACCUUCAGAACCGACAUCUCCAGGAACGGACACUCCCAAGAGAGAGAGAAAUCCAAAUUUAGAGAAUCUGAACUGGCCACUCGUCUUCGUUUUUCUUUUAAAAGAGUGUUUCAGAAAUAUCUUUAUGUUGCCAGGUGAGUUCCAGUCAUUCAUGUCUCCAUCCAGGAGGAUGAAAGG